AUGACUCGGCUCAGUUUUUUGCUAAUUUUAACGGUUUCGUUAACGGCGGUGACCGUAACGACGUCGCAUAUGAGCUCUGGUCCUCACAUAGCUGACGUCAACAUACUUCUACCUCCAAAAAUGACAAACCCCGUCGAAUACCGGCUUCAAGGAAGCGACGGCUGCUUCAAAUGGUCGUGGGAUCAUCAUGAGAUUUUAUCAGUUCUACCAGAAUAUAAUGUCACCAAUCAUUGCUCGACAAGUGCACGGCUGCGAUCGAUUGCGCCGUACUCCGGUAGAAAAGAAACAGCCGUUUAUGCUAGUGACGUGUACACUGGAAACGUGAUUCGGUGCAAAGUUUUCAUUGAUAAUUUUGAUAGAAUUCAAAUAUUUCAUAAUUCUAUUAAGCUUGAUCUUGAUGGACUCGCAACGCUCCGCGUUCGUGCCUUUGAUAGUGAAGACAAUGUGUUUUCGUCGUUGGUGGGUUUACAGUUCAUGUGGCAGCUGAUGUCUAAAACUAGUGGAUCAGAUCAUCACCUUGUGCAUGUUCCUUUGAAGGAUUCUCCCCUAAGUGACUGUGGUGGAUUGUGUGGUGACUUAAAUAUCCAGAUACAACUUGAAGAAAAGGGUGUAUUUUCUGAUUUAUUUGUGGUAAAAGGUAUUCACAUUGGCCAUGAGAAUGUUUCAGUACAGUUGCUUGAGCCACCGUUAAAGGGCAUGGAUGAUAAGAUUGUUCUAACUGUAGCAGAAGCUAUGUCACUAGAUCCACCUUCACCUGUUUUUGUCCUCAUUAAUGCUACCCUUCAUUAUAGUCUUAAGGUUAUCCGUGGGACUGUUCAUCAAGAGGUAACUCUUCCAUCUCCACAUCAUCGCUGGUCUGUUUCAAACCGUUCAAUUGCUCAAGUGGACUCUAUGAUGGGUGUAACUCAUGCGCUAACAUUGGGUGAAACAACUGUCAUUGUUGAAGAUACCAGAGUUGAUGGCCAUAGUCAACUGUCUUCUCUUAACGUGGUCUUGCCAGAUACCUUGUGUUUGUACAUAUCACUAUUAUCUACUUCUGGUGAACCAGUAGAGGGAAUGGAACCCAUUCCAUCUGUGGCACGUUGGUAUGUUGUUUCUGGAAAACAAUACCUCAUUCAACUGAAGGUUUUUUCUCAGGGACCUUACGCACAUGAAAUCUACAUUACAGAGAAUGAUGAUAUUGAGUUUUAUGACAACCAAUCUGGGUACUGGAAGAUUGUCCCAGUGUUAGAACCUAUUGCAUCCAGAUACAGCCGGAGGAGUGCCAGAAUUUUAAAAGCAACUUCAGAGGGACUGGGGAAAUUGACAACCUCAUUAGUUUAUUUUAAUGGGCAUCUUGAUACCAAGGAGGUUCUCAAGGUUGUGCAAGAGGUGAUUGUUUGUGAUCAAGUAAAAUUUAGCGUGGAAAAAGUUGGUGGUAAAUCUCAAAUUAUUCUCCUUCCUUGGGCACCUGCUGUAUAUCAGGAGAUGGAGCUAAAGGCUACUGGAGGUUGUGCAAAAGCUGCCAGUGACUACAAAUGGUUUUCUUCAGACAUGACUGUGGUUUCUAUCACUGCUUAUGGAGUUGUCCAGGCUAAGAAGCCCGGUAAAGCUACAGUGAAGGUGGUGUCAAGUUUUGACUCAUUCAAUUAUGAUGAGGUGGUGGUUGAAGUUUCAAUUCCUUCCUCUAUGGUUAUGUUGCAAAACUUCCCUGUUGAAACUGUUGUGGGAUCAAAUCUCCCUGCUGCUGUUACAAUGAAAGCAUCAAAUGGUGCCUACUUUUCUAGAUGUGAUGUAUUUCAUUCCUUUAUAAAGUGGAAAGCUGGAAGCGAGUCUUUCAUUGUUACCAAUGCAACAGGAGAGGCACCAGUCUUUGAAAAGCAAGAAAAUUCGGAACUCCAUGCACUAGUAGAUGGUCCUUCAUGUUCAUGGACUUAUGUAUAUGCUUCUACAUCUGGUCAAGCUUUGCUGCAUGCAACAUUUUCAAAAGAAUAUCCUCAUUUUGAUCCUUCUUUUAGUGGGCCCAUAGUUUUAAAGGCAACUUCCAGAAUUGCAGCAUACAGGCCACUUACUCUGCAUCAGGCAGGUGAUGGGAACCAGUUUGGUGGUUACUCGGUUAAUACAGCUAAAUCAGACGCUGCUAAUCAACUAGAAGAUCUGGAUAGGUUAUAUCUUGUCCCGGGAACACAGUUAGAUGUCAUGCUUCAUGGAGGACCAGAAAGGUGGGAUAAAGGUGUUGAUUUCAUGGAAACAGUGGAAAUUUUUAAUGAAGAACAUGCACAUGAUAAUGGGGUUCAUAAGCCUCAUAUUUAUAGCAGCCAUGGCGGCUUGUACAGAGUUUUAUGCCAAACAUUGGGGACUUAUAAACUUGUUUUUAAACGUGGAAAUUUGGUUGGAGACGAUCAUCCUCUUCCUGCAAUAGCGGAAGUUUCACUGUCUCUUGCUUGCAGCCUUCCUUCCUCUAUUGUGGUAAUAGCGGAUGAACCUGUCAAUAAUCAAGAUGUUAUUCAGACUGCAAUUCAAGCUGACCGUAGCCCAGGGCGAAUUCAUGUCACCCCUGUUACUGUGGCAAAUGGGCAAACAAUAAGAGUGGCUGCUGUUAGCAUUAGUACCUCUGGAGAUCCUUUUGCAAACUCGUCUUCACUGUGCUUGAAGUGGGAACUAGGCAAUUGUGACAGUCUGGCUUAUUGGGAUCAUGCUUAUGAUUCAGAGAGCUCUAAUAAGUGUGGUUGGGAGAGGUUUCUGGUUUUGCAAAAUGAAUCAGGAUCGUGUGUUGUCCGUGCCACUGUUACUGGAUUUUCUGGGAGUUCCAUGGCUGAUAAUUAUUCUGUUAAAUUGCUAGAAAGUUCAAAGAACUUUCUUACAGAUGCUGCAAGGUUAGAGCUCGUUUCAACUUUAGGAGUCAGUCCAGAGUUCAAUUUGUUAUAUUUCAAUCCUGAUGCUAAGGCAAAUUUGUCAAUUACUGGAGGGAGCUGUUUCUUGGAAACAAUUGUGAAUGAUUCUCAAGUGGUUGAAGUUACUCAGUCUCCACCUGGUUUACAAUGCAUGCAACUGAUGUUAUCACCUAAAGGCCUGGGGACUGCAGUUGUGACAGUUUAUGAUAUUGGGCUUGCUCCUAACCUUGCAGCUUCUGUUGUGGUCCAAGUUGCAGAUAUAGAAUGGAUUAAGAUUAUGUCUGGAGAAGAGAUAAGCCUUAUGGAAGGAAGUUCACAGUCAGUUGGUCUGAUGGCUGGGGUUGAUGAUGGAAGCACUUUUGACAUUUCUCAGUACGCAUACAUGAAUAUUCAUGUGCAUAUUGAGGAUGAUAUAGUUGAACUUUUCGACAAGGAUGAUAUCUCAACUUAUGCUGGUGGAUACGUUGGUGCACAGACUUUCAAAAUUAGGGCAAAACAUCUUGGAAUCACAACUCUUUAUGUUAGUGCUAGACAACAUUCUGGACAUGAAAUAUUGAGUCAAGCUAUAAAGGUUGAAGUUUAUGCCCCUCCAACAAUUCACCCACCUAAAAUUUUCCUAGUACCUGGUGCCUCUUACUUGCUCACUAUAGAAGGAGGUCCAACAAUUGGUGCCUUUGUGGAAUAUACAAGUAUAGAUGAUGCUAUCGCAGCAGUUCACAAAACUUCAGGACAAUUGACUGCAACUUCACCUGGAAACACUACUUUGGUUGCCACAGUUUAUGGGAAUGGUGGUGGCAUGAUUUGUCAAGCAUAUGGCAAUGUUAAAGUGGAAGUACCAUCUUCAGCCAUAUUGAAUGUGCAAAGUGAACACCUUGCCAUUGGCCAUGAAACACCAAUCUAUCCUUUAUUUCCUGAGGGAAACUUAUUUUCUUUCUAUGAGCUUUGCAAAGAUUACAAGUGGACUAUAGAAGAUGAAGAGGUGUUGAAGUUUGGGGUCCCACUUGUUGGUUCGGAGGCAGUUCGGCGCUUCAGUUAUGUGGAUAAGGAAGAAGUUAGUUUUAUCAAUGUCUUGUAUGGAAGGGCCCCUGGUAGGACGAAUGUUGCAGUUUCUUUCUCAUGUGACUUUAUUUCUUCUGGUUCACACUUGGGGGCGAGGACUUACAGUGCAUCGAUCUCACUAUUGGUGGUGUCUGAUCUUCCCCUGGCACUUGGAGCUCCAAUCACAUGGGUUCUUCCUCCCCAUUAUACCACAUCUAGCAUUUUGCCUUCAUCAGCAGAAUCACAUGGGCAAAGAGAUAGUCAGAGUCGCAAAGGAAACAUAAUCUAUUCUUUGUUAAGAAAUUGGGAUGAAGUGACGGAAAUUUCACAGCGUGCUGUUUCUAUUGAUGGGGACAAAAUAAAAACAAAAGAUAGCAAUAAUCUUGCUUGCAUUCAGGCAAAAGAUCGCAUCACUGGAAGAACUGAGAUUGCUUCUUGUGUGCGGGUUGCUGAGGUGGAGCAAAUAAGAAUAACAAACAAGGAGUUUCCGAUCCAUGCAAUUGAUCUCGCUGUUGGUGCAGAAAUUGAACUUUCAAUAAGCUAUUUUGAUGCUCUAGGAAAUCCCUUUUAUGAAGCAUCUAAUGUUAUUCUCCAUUUUGCUGAAACUAAUUAUCCUGAUGUAGCCUCUAUUAACGAUACCCGUGAUACCAAUACGAUUCAUCUCAAGGCAAUGCGACAUGGUAGAGCUCUUCUACGAGUAUCAAUUGACAAUCGCCCACAGAAGUCAGACUAUAUGCUGAUUUCAGUUGGCGCUCAUGUGCAUCCGCAAAAUCCAGUACUCCACCAAGGGAGUUCUAUUAACUUCAGUAUAGUAGGUUCUGACGAUCAAGCUUCAGAUCACUGGCAUAGUGCCAAUGAAAGUGUUAUGAUUUUACACACACGAUCUGGACAGGCGGAAGCAGUUGGAGAGGGUUCAACCCAAGUUUCUUUUGAAAGUUCUGGUGUCAAGCUGCAAACAACAGUCACAGUGCUACCUGGAAGCACUCUUGUUGUGGAUGCUCCAAAGGAGAUGCUGACAAAUGUUCCUUUUCCCUCUCAAGGAUAUAGCUUCUCUGUGAAGUUCAGUGAUACAAAUGACAAGAUCAGCACUCUUGGAAGCAGUAAAGAAGCCCCAUAUGACUGUAGGGUAGACCCUCCUUUUGUUGGCUAUGCAAAGCCAUGGAUGGAUCUUGAUACUAGCAACUCAUUUUGCCUGUUCUUUCCUUACUCUCCUGAGCAUUUAGUGCGCACUAUACCCAAGUUGAAGGACAUGAAACCAUAUAUAUAUGUCUCCAUCAAUGCUUCGAUGAAAGAACACAGCCAUGUUUCUGGAUCUGCAUCUGCAUCUGCACUCUUUGUUGGGGGAUUUUCCAUAAUGCAAAUGGGAAAGAAUAUAGAGCAAUUGAAUCUGACACCAGACUCAAACAGGACUAUCAUAACCAUCUUGGGAAACACAGAUGUUGAAAUCCACUGGCGUGGCCAAGAUUUGUUAAUGAUCAAUCCUAUCCAGAAAGAAGAAUUUGGUGUUGGUAGCCGUGUACAAUAUGAGGUAAAAGUGAUAAGUGCCAAGCGAUUCAAGGAUAAAAUUAUUGUCACACUCCCAUCCAGCGGUCAAAGAGCAGAAGUGGAUGUUAACUAUGAACCGGAUGAAAGAGCAGAAUCAGAAGCUACUCUUACUAUUUCAUUUUGGGCCAAGGUUCUUGGAAGUCUUGCUCUAUUUAUAAUCACAGCAGUCUUCUUUCUAUGUUUCUUGGACAGACCUCUUGGAUCUCAGCCGCCAUCUACUCCUCCUCCUCCCAUAGCAGCACCUGUCACACCUGAGCGGAGCAGUCCCCUUCUUCUCAACGAACAAUCUCCACGAACACCUCAGCCUUUUGUCGAUUAUGUGAGAAGAACUAUAGACGAAACUCCAUACUACAAGCGGGAAGGUAGGAGGAGGUUUAAUCCUCAGAACACGUACUAAAUCUAUCAUUUGCCAUCGAUUGGUGAUUGGUACUCUUUCUCUCUCUCUCCAUUUCUUCUUGUUGUUGUGCUUAGAAGUUAGAAUGUGGCAAAAAGCUUUGCCAAAUUUUGUUGUAUCAUGUAUAUAUAGGCAAACUUACAACCUCAAAAAGUACUGGACUGGACAACAGGACCUUGGAAGACCAUGUGCUUAAGUUCUUAUCUGUCAUUUGGUUGUAAGUGUUAAAAAAUUUGCACUCGAAUUCUCGUAUUGCCGGUUGUGGUGGUUUAAGAGUGAAGAGCAAGUCUCUUUUUUUACUUAGGCCAAAGGAGGACCAAAUCUCUUUAAUUGAAUGAUUUUGAGCAAAUGCAUCCUUUUGCUUGAUGUUAUUCUCCCUCCAUACUCUU